CAGUCAUCAUUUCAGAGCAAGGGCUGUCAAACCCAUUGUCCAAAUGGCCUGCUGCCUGGUCCUGUAUAACCCACAAGCCAAGGCCGGUUUUUACAUUUCUAAUGAUUGGGAAUAAAAUUAAAUGAAUAGCAUUUUGUUCUUUGAAACUGAUAUGAAAUUCAGAUGCAAAGUGUCCAUAAAUGAAGUUUUAUUGAAACAUACCUACACCAUUUGCUUAUAUCUUGUCUCUGCUUUUGUGGUAGGAUGGUGGAAUUGAUUCGUUUAAGCAGAUCUACACAUAGCCUGCAAAAAUCUAAAAUAUUUACUAGACCCUUUCUAGAAAAUGUUUGCUUGUCAUUAUAAAUAUUUUCAGCACUUUGAAGAUAUUCCAUCAUUUGGCUUCCAUUAUUUCUUUUGAAAAAUAAUCCAUCAGUUUUAUCGUGCCUUUGAAGGGAUCAGUUUCAUUCACGGAUGUGACUGUGGACUUCACCCAGGAGGAAUGGGAGCAACUGGACCCCUCUCAGAGGAUUCUAUACAUGGAUGUGAUGCUGGAGAAUUAUAGCAACUUACUUUCAGUGGAAGUGUGGAAGGCUGAUGACCAAAUGGAGAGGGACCACAGAAACCCAGAUGAGCAGGUGAAGCAGUUUAUAAUCCUCAAAAACCAAACUCCAGUUGAAGAAAGAGAUAAUCUCUUUGGAAAAACAUUUAAUCUGAAUACAGACUUUGUUUCUUUAAGACAAGUGCCCUAUAAAUAUGACUUAUAUGAAAAGACUUUGAAACAUAAUUCAGAUUUACUUAAUAGAAGCUAUGCAAGAAAGCAAGCUGAUGAGUGCAAUGGCUUUGGAAAACCACUCCUAUAUCUGAAGCAAGAGAAAACUCACCCUGGAGUAGAUUACUCUGAUUAUAGUAAAAGUGGAAAAGCCCUCAGCCAUAAAGAAGUCAUUUUUAAACAUCAGAAAAUUAAAAACCUGGUUCAGCCUUUUCUUUGUAAUUACUGUGACAAGGCUUUCUCCUUUAAGUCACUGCUCAUUAGUCACAAGAGAAUACACACUGGAGAAAAACCCUAUGAAUGUAAUGUAUGUAAGAAAACCUUCUCCCAUAAGGCAAACCUCAUCAAACAUCAGAGAAUUCAUACUGGGGAGAAACCCUUUGAAUGUCCCGAGUGUGGAAAAGCUUUCACUCACCAGUCAAACCUCAUUGUACACCAGAGAGCACAUAUGGAGAAGAAGCCCUAUGAAUGCAGCGAAUGUGGAAAGACAUUUGCUCAGAAGUUUGAACUCACUACACACCAGAGAAUUCAUACAGGAGAGCGACCCUAUGAGUGUAAUGAAUGUGCAAAAACCUUCUUUAAGAAAUCGAACCUCAUCAUACAUCAGAAAAUUCACACAGGGGAGAAACGCUAUGAGUGCAGUGAAUGCGGCAAAUCUUUUAUCCAGAACUCACAACUCAUCAUACACAUGAGAACUCACACAGGAGAGAAGCCCUAUGAAUGUACUGAAUGUGGCAAAACAUUCAGCCAGAGGUCAACUCUUAGGUUACAUCUGAGAAUCCAUACAGGAGAGAAACCAUAUGAGUGUUCUGAGUGUGGAAAGGCCUUCAGCAGGAAGUCCCGACUGAGUGUCCAUCAGAGAGUACACAUAGGAGAUAGACCCUGAGACUGCAACCAAGUUGUAUUGUGGAAAACUGUAUACCAAAAUCCUUGCAAUGGAUAGAAACCUCAUGAAGAAUUCAUGUUGAGAUAAAAUUUCUCAACUCAAAAAUGUGUAAAAUACAGGAGCCCUUAAGAAGAAUAUUAUACUAGGAAUUGGGUAUAAUACCCAGGUAAAGUAUACAUAUCAGAAUAUAUCAAAUUGUAGAUUGUAAUACAGUUGGGUAUGUCUAUGAGCUUUUAAAAAUUAAUGAAUUGAAUACUCUGGGUAGCAGCAAAAAGCAUAUAGAGAUUAUACCCUAGGAAUUUAUAUGUGAGUAUGCCACAGAACACGUUUUUAAUCUGCACAUGUGAAUUUAAGGGUCACUGGGAGUUUGAAAUUCUUGACCUCUAUGAUAAUUAGAACACAAUAUUUUCCAUACUAAACAUCAUGUGUGUCAGUAUCUUUCCAACCUAGUAUGCAUUCCAAAUGAAAUAUUAACAGAUUUUAAAGUAGCACGUAGCCUGUGUUUUUGCCUACUGCUUGCCGAUGUAAGUCGUGUGACCAUUUUUAUUGAACUGCCUCCUCAACAGAUGACUGUUCGGGAGUCUUAACCCACUUUUGGGUUUGAAGAUUUUUUAGAAGUAUUUAUUAAAAUCUGCAAAUGUGAGAUAAUUAAGAGGAUAUCUAGAAAGUAAAAGGAGACAGAUGUGAAUUAUGUUACUUGGUAUAUACACAGAAUGAAAUUGUACCAUGUAAAGAGAAUAUUAUCCAUCAUGCACUUGUUAUUUUUCUGUGGGGUAUUUACAUACAAAUGCAUGUCUAUUACCAAAAUGUUGUGUAACCCAGAAACCACCUGUAUUUUUGUGUGUUUCCCCGUUUCUCGAUAUUUUAUGAAUUGUCUUGCAAAAAAAAAAAAAGAUAGGAUGUUUAUGUAGCUCAUAAACGUUAGUCAUAUUUCAAAGACUUUAGAGAAAAAAAUAAUUUAUUUUAAGAAAAGUCAAGAAUUGUCUAUUUCAUUGCUUCUUAAAAUUUCCAUGUGCAUAAUCCACUUUAGAAAUGAAGUAAUUGCAGUAUUCUUUUGUUUUAAAGAGGCAUUUCUACUUCGAGUUUCACACGCAACCUAAAACAUUUCCCUUUAGAACCUGACCUAGCAUAAGUUAUUACUUCCUUUCAGUGUUCACAAACACUUUAAGUUAGACUUUGCAGUGAUCUCCCCAUAUAUUGUUUGUUGAUUAACAUUUUAAAAGUUAUCUUUUUGUAUAAAUGAAAGAUGUGCCAUUUUAGGCUUGAUUUCAUAUUGACAAGUACAGCCUUUCCCUAUCCACCACAAAUCAUGUAUUAGAAUUAUAAGUGGCAACCAAACUAUUAUUUUUUAAGAUAAUUGAUGUGUUGGGACUACAUAUGAAAAUGAAUGACUUUCUGGGCAAGUAUAUCAUCACAUCCAUAGCCCAGUACGUCUUUGUAUUUCAAAGUUGUGAUCUUUCUAAUACAAGGAAGCAGGGAAGAAGUUAAUUUCAUACACUGCUGUUAGAAAUGUAAAUCGUGACGGCCUCCUUGGAAAACAUUGUGACUGUCUUUUAACAUUAAUGAUACAUACACACUUUAACCCAGGAAUCUCACUCCUGAGAAUAUUUCUAAGGGGAAAAAAAAGUGCCAGUAUUGGAGAUUUUAUGUUUAUCAAUGUAUAUUGUAUUUUUGGUAAGGACCAAAAAAUAAAAAAAUGAAUGACCAUCAUAAAGGAAUGAUUGAAUAAAUUGUGGUAAAAAUA